AUGGGCACCAAGAACAACGUGACUGAGUUUGUGUUGUUCGGCCUUUUCCAGAGCAGGGAAUUACAGCAUGUGUGCUUCGUGGUCUUCUCCCUCUUCCACAUGCUCACUCUCCUGGGGAACCUCAUGGUCAUCAUCACCAUCAAUGCCAGCAAGACCCUGCAUGCUCCUAUGUACUUCUUCCUCAGCCACCUGUCUUUCGCUGACAUGUGCUAUCCGUCUGCUACUACGCCCAAGAUGAUCACUGACACUUUCGUGGAGCACAAGACCAUCUCCUUCAAUGGCUGCAUGACCCAGCUCUUUUCUGCCCACUUCUUUGGUGGCACUGAGAUCUUCCUCCUUACAGUCAUGGCCUAUGAUCGCUAUGUGGCCAUCUGUAGGCCCUUGCACUACAUAACUAUCAUGGAUCGACGGAAGUGUGGUUUGCUGGCAGGGGCCUCCUGGGUGGCUGGCUUCUUCCAUUCCAUCCUGCAGACCCUCCUCACAGUGCAGCUGCCCUUUUGUGGGCCCAAUGAGAUUGACAACUUCUUCUGUGAUGUUCAUCCCCUGCUGAAGCUGGCCUGUGCGGACACCUAUGUAGUGGGACUCAUUGUGAUGGCCAACAGUGGCAUUCUGUCUUUAGUGUGCUUCAUCAUCCUCAUUGUGUCCUACGUGGUCAUCCUACUAAACCUGAGAAGCCGGUCAUCUGAGGGCCGCCGCAAAGCUCUGUCCACAUGUGGCUCACACAUCAUCACCGUUAUUUUGGUCCUUGUGCCCCCCAUGUUCAUGUACAUUCGUCCCUCUACCACCCUGGCAGCCGACAAACUUGUCAUCCUCUUUAACAUUGUCAUGCCACCUUUGCUGAACCCUCUGAUCUACACCCUGAGGAACAACGAGGUGAAAAAUGCCAUGAGGAAAGUGUUCAGGAUCAAGGGGAAUUCGGGAGAGAAGUGA